UCUACGGAGACACGGACUCGGUGAUGGUCAAGCUGGGCGUGCAGACGGUCGAGGAGGCCAUGGAGGUGGGCAGCGAGGCGGCGGAGUGGGUGUCCACCCACUUCACCCCCCCCAUCAAGCUGGAGUUCGAGAAGGUGUACUUCCCCUACCUGCUCAUCAACAAGAAGCGCUACGCUGGGCUCUACUUCUCCUCCAGCCCCACCACGCACGACAAGAUGGACUGCAAGGGCAUCGAGACCGUCCGCCGGGACAACUGCCCCCUGGUGGUCAGCCUCAUCAACGCCUGCCUGCAGAGCAUCCUGAUCGACAGGUGCGGGUCUCCUACGGACUCCGGGGUUCCCUUUGACCUCUGA